UGGCAGUAGAACUGGUCCUUGUGCAAUUCUUUCCCCUAGGGAAUUAGUCUCUAAUUGGAGUAGCGACAAAACCUUUUCAGUUUUGCGCUAAUCUGGCGCUGAGACUUAUACACGCGCAUUUAUUGCAGACGCAGCAGGAGUCAGGGUGUAACGUCUCAGGUUAAACAGGGGACACACAAUAGAGUUGCCCAGUGUGGAAGAUUGGCCGCAGCUUGGGGAGAAGAGAGGAAAACAGACGCACGUUCCGGGGGCGUGGCCAGAAGGAGGACUGACAGGAGCUGUCCACGUGGCGACUAUACACAUCUGCCUGGAGUUGGGGGAGGCUGCAGAUUGAUGACUUUGCUGCUGAUUAAUUCCACUUCAUAUUAAAUAGCUUGUAUCACUCCAUUACUUGAACAUCCAAUGGAAAAGUCCCUAAAUGAUCUAGAAGGCAGGACCACAGGGGAGUCCCAGCUUGGUCUGCUACCUGCUGAGUCAACAGCCCGGCCCACAUGGGGCAGUAAAGUGCAAUAUAUUCUCGCUCAGGUCGGCUUCUCUGUUGGUCUUGGGAACGUAUGGCGAUUUCCUUACCUGUGUCACCAGAAUGGAGGAGGGUCCUUUCUCUUACUGUACUUCUUGCUGCUCCUCAUCAUCGGCAUCCCCCUCUUCUUCCUGGAACUGGCGGCAGGGCAGAGUAUUCGCCAAGGCAGCAUUGGAGUAUGGAAGCACAUCAGCCCACGCCUUGCUGGGAUUGGCUUUGCUAGUUGUGUGGUGUGCAGCUUUGUAGCCCUGUACUACAAUGUUAUCAUUGGCUGGAGCCUUUUCUACCUGUUCAAUUCUUUCUACUACCCUUUGCCCUGGGAGAACUGCCCAACGUUACUCAACCAGACUCAGGAAGUAGUGGAAUGUGCCAAAAGUACACCCACCACUUACUUCUGGUACCGCUCAGCCCUGAAUGUCACCAACACUAUAGAAGCUUCCGAGAUGAACUGGCCAAUGACGGGAUGUCUGGCCCUCGCCUGGUUCCUUGUCUGUGGAGGAAUGAUUAAAGGGAUUAAGUCAUCAGGAAAGGUGAUGUAUUUCAGCUCUGUGUUCCCUUAUGUGGUGCUGUUUUGUUUCCUGAUCCGUGGUCUUUUGCUGGAAGGGGCUGCAGAUGGAAUCCGUAUUAUGUUUACUCCAAAGCUAGAGAUCUGGGGGAACAUACAGGUUUGGAGACAAGCUGCAACCCAGGUGUUCUUUGCCCUGGGCCUUGGAUUUGGGAGUGUGAUCGCCUACUCCAGCUACAAUGACCGCCACAACAACUGCCACUUUGAUGCAAUUUUAGUGUCAUUCAUUAACUUCAUGACCUCAAUUUUGGCCACGCUGGUGGUAUUUGCCGUCCUCGGAUUUCGGGCCAAUGUCCUUACGGAGCAAUGUGUUGAAACAAACAUGGAGAAGAUUCUUGAUCUGUUAAGAAAUGGAAGCCUUCAUGAAGACGUAGUGCCAAUGAGAAACCUGACUAACCCUGAGUACAGCCAGUGGUAUAAAAGUGCAAGUGAAAUUAUGAACUUGCAGCAGUAUGGCAUCUCAGACUGCAAAGUGGAAGAUGUAAUGAACGAGGGUGUAGAAGGCACUGGUUUGGCUUUUAUUGCUUUCACUGAAGCCAUGACACACUUACCUGCCUCCCCGUUUUGGUCAAUAUUAUUUUUUCUCAUGCUUCUCAACCUGGGACUUAGCACUAUGUUUGGAAACAUGCAGGGAAUCAUCACCCCUUUGCUUGACAACUUUCCCUGUUUGCGCAAGAAAAAGACAAUAUUCACAGUCUUCUGCUGCAUUACUGGCCUGCUGAUUGGACUGAUAUUUGUGCAACGAUCUGGAAGUUACUUCGUAUCCAUGUUUGAUGACUAUUCAGCCACCCUGCCCCUUAUUAUAGUAGUGAUUUUUGAGAACAUUGCCGUGGCUUGGGUGUAUGGUGCAGAAAGGUUCAUGGAGGACAUAAAGGGGAUGCUGGGCCAUCGCCCUUGGAGAAUAUACAAGUAUAUGUGGCAGUAUAUUAGCAUCCUGGGUAUGAUCGGACUCCUGCUUGCCAGUUUAAUCAAAAUGUGCAUCGAGUACCCCAAGUACCAGUCUUGGAAUCAACAGCAGGCAAAGGAAGAGAUGCUGCAAUAUCCAUCCUGGGCUCUUGGCAUGCUCACCAGCCUCAUCAUAGUGGCUGCCUUACCCAUUCCCAUAGUAUUCCUGAAGCAUACCAUACAAGACUGGAUACUGAAAGGCAAAAGCAAGACCUAUGAUGAUUGUGACUACACCCAGGGAAACACAGUGGAUGACAUGAUUGGGCCAAUGGAGGAGAGCCCUGCAGACCUGGGCCAUGUGGGAAAUGGCUACCUGCCAGUAGAAAUGGAAGACUUUGCAGAAAGGGGCAAACUUCUUACAACGGAAGGAAACUUGGAUGAUGCAGAAGAAGGCAGCGCAAAUGCAAAUUGCUAAGUCUAGAACAACUGAGCUCUGGGGGAACAAUCUGGACUGAUGUGGUUUUUCACAUGAUCAAAGAACCAUUCGUAGACCGGGCAAGACAAGGCUUCUCUAGAAAAAAUUCGUGAUUUUAAAAGAAGGCUUCAUGCCUCGCGUUCUAGUAAUGAGAAUCACUGUGCCCAUAUGGAGACAUCAGUAUUUUAACACCCUACCUCUUCAGCUCAUUCAAUUCAAAGAAAAAAGCCAGCGGCACUUUUUUCAGCGAGGGAACGGUACAAAUAAUUCCAGAACAGCCCGGUUUUCCCGAAAGAGACCUCAACUUAAAUGAUUCCAGAACACAGUCUGCACUUGGAAUACUCCAAUCUAGUACUGUUGCACCUCUGGCACUUUGAUUGGUGAGUCACAGAAUGGUGAAAGAAUCCAGUUCUGUUUGUUGCACCAUAGUCGAGGGUUCUACUAAAUUCUCGUCUCUACUGCUGGUUGUUUGAAAAAAACAAAAAAAGAAAAAGAAAGUCUUGUGCCCAACCAGUUAAAUCUCUUUUUUGUGCCAUAGAUAUAUUUUCUAUAAUACUAAAAGACAUUUAUGUUGGUGCUUCGUGGAAUUUUUUUUUUAAUGGACAUUGGAAUUACCAAUUGUCUUCCAUUUCCAUUUACUGUUGCUGGACUAAGAUCUGAGCUGAGUUCAAGAGAGAAAUAAGACUUAUACCCGAGGAGCCGGUCUCUCUGUCUCUUCACGUGUACCUGGAGUUCUAAUACUGUAAAUAUGAUGCGAUAUUUAUGGCUUGGCAUUCAAGAAUAAGAUUUUCUCAUUAGAUGUACAUUUUCGAGAAAAACCCUUUACAGGUAUUUUAUGAAUUUUUUUUUUAUGCUAUGCAUAAAUUUUAUACGAUGCCAUAGCAGUUGGACUUUUGAAAGGGACAUCAGGUACAUUUAGAUUCUCUUUGUUCUGCCAUAGAUAACUCGGCAAUGGGCAACAGAUUACUAAGGGGCAGAUUUAUCAAGGGUCGAGGUGAAUUUUCGAAU